AUGACGCGGCUUGGCUGUUCGUUCAACUUGGGGGUGGGAGAGCCGCUGCGCGUGGUUGUGGCGGAUGGCUCCUGGUCACGGACGAUGUACUGUCCAGCGGCGGGCCCUGCUCUCCACAUUGCUUACGAGCCCGCGAAGGAGUCGAAGCGCCCAGAGCCAGGCUCGAGGAUCGACGUCUGGGAGGUGGAGUACCCAGACGGCCCGCCGCAAGACCUCAUCUUCGGCGGCGGCAAGGCCAACACGAACGUCCAGAACCAGUACAACGUCCGCGUCCUAAAGGUGAUGCCGGGCGGCCCGUCCGAGGCUGCCGGCGUGCGGCCGAACGACGAAGUGUCUUUGCUCAUCGCGCCGGAUAAGACGGCCAGGUUCAGGUCCAUCGCGAGGACAGAGGAGAACCUGAGGACCAUGCAGGACCCAAACAGGGACAUCCCCCUGAAGCUGCCGAGGGGCGGUUCCGUGGUCUUCCGCGCCAAAAGUGGACUGCAGGUCGGCGACAGGGUGCCAGAUUUUUCCCUGCCCAGCGUGAGAGGGUUCAACAUCUCGCUCCGCAACAUCAUCGAGAGCGGCGACCCCGUGGUAAUCUGGUUCCAUCCGGGCGAGCGCUUCUACGGCGGCGACCGCGAGGAGCUGAAGUACUUUGCGAAGGCGGGGCCCAUCUUCAAGGACCUCGGCGUCAACGUCGUCGGAAUCACCACCGACGCCGCGCCGAACCAGCUGCGGUCUGGCCAGCAGUACGCCACGCAGUUCCCGCUUCUGACCGACGAGACCGGCGCGCAAUCGGGGGGAGCCUCGUCGUCGCGCCAAAGUCCAGCUCCCGGACUUCGGCACGUGCACCGAUCGCAAGACCUACAUCGUCGGUGCAGACGGGAUCCUCAAGAAGGC